CUUUAAUAGGAGGUUCUAAAAGAAAAAACCAAAAAAAUAAAUAAAAAAAGAGAUAAAACCACAGAAUCGUUGUCUAACAUAGGAUUUUUGGAACUGGUAGAAAUUCCAAACGUGUCCCCUUGGUACUGGCUGUCUUUUUUUUUUCUUUUUUCUUUUUUUUUGUGUGGGCGUCUCUCUCUUUGUCGAUGGUUUUUGUUCUUUCUGUGAAAUUUCGUCGUCGUUGUUGCUCAGCUGCUACCUCCUCCUCCGAAUCCGUCCAUGAAAUCACCCCGAAGGUUUGAAUUCAGUAUCUCGUUGAUCCAAUUAGUGUAUUGAGUCAUCAUUAAGCAAUUUCCUCCUCCUCGCCACGUUGAGAAGAAGGACAAGGGUUCGAUUGAGGAAGAGAGUGGGUAUGAAUGGGUUGAGGUUGAUUCUGAUGAGGAUUUGGAAGAUAUGGAUGAGGAUGAUGAGGAGGAGGGUUCUGGUAAAAAAUAUGGAUGAGGAUGAUGAUAUCGAGUUUGAGUUGGAUCCAACUUGCUGUUUGAUGUGUCAUAAGAAGCAUAAGACGAUAGAGAAGUGUAUGGUUCAUAUGCGUAAGUUUCAUGGAAGCCAAAAGCCACUGCAAAGUGCAUUACGGUGAUGGUGAUGAUGAAGAAGAUGCAGAGCUAGAAGAGUUCUAUGACUACAGCAGCAGGUCUCUCUCUAUUCAGUCCUCUUUCUUUUGACAACAGAGUUGACGCCAAAAGAACUCUCAAGGAUAUCAAACUCCUUUGCCAGGCGAGCAAUCAUGUAAGUUGUUCUCUCUCAUUAGUCUCUUAGCAAACAGCUCCACAUUGAGCAAUCAUGCGAUAGCCAUUGCUGCAGCUCUCUCUUUAGCUGUUGAAGUUUCCAACUUUAGUGAUUUCGAUGGCUCAUCGGCAGACGCUGUUGCUUUCCUUGAGAAGAAGUUGGAUUAUUUGGUGUCAAGCCGGCCAACAGCUGUUAAUCUUGCAGAUGCUGCUUUGAAACUUAAACAAGUUAUAGCAAAUGUCUUGGCUACUUUCUACCAUUGAACCUAACUCCAUUUUCAAGGCAUAUAUUGAAGCUGCUGAGAAUAUGUUUGAAGAUGAUGUCGCUUCAAACAAAGCAAUAGGGACCUUUGGUUCAAGCUUAAUGAGGCAGCAAGCCAAAAAUCCUGACAAGCUUUCUGUUCUGACCCACUGCAACACCGGCAGGAAUUAUAGAAGAGAAGGUGAGACCAACCGCAACGGAGGUCCGUCACGGGUCCGUGGCCCAAAUCCUUAGCUUUUUUACAAUUAAAAAAUUGUGAAUUGGGCUCAGCUUUAGACGGAUCGGUAUGGAUCAGUCCGUAAAUAAGGCUUCGAAGGAUCAAGUCCUUACUGCACGUGGCGUCUGAUGGUUGGCCCGGCGAUAUGUUGUGUUGGGUUAUGUCGAGAAAAAAAAACAUUCGCGACCGAAGGUUAGAAAAAAAAAUCAGAGCUCUUGACGAAAGGCGAUUUCUCUCCAUCUUCGAUUUCUCUCCAUCGUCGAUCUUCAAAGGCCAACGAACAUGGGACAAGACUAUAGCUACACGCAGCCUUCAUCAGAGGAGUUCGACAUCAACUCUUUACUUGAAGCAGAAGCUGCUCUCUACGGGGAUGAAGCUCAGAGUAGCUACAUAAUUGCAGAGGCGGAUCAGUACCCACCAGAACCUGAGGCUGUUGAAGGAAUACCGAGGACAUGCUAUUGCGGUAGUGAGGUUGUUGUUGAAACCUCGUACACUCGUAAAUAUCCAGGAAGGAGGUACUUCUCCUGCAACAACGUUGACGAUGGAGACUCCCACAUCUGGAAAUGGUGGGAUGUGGCGAUUCAAGAAGAGCUUCAUGAAACGCAGACACAACUUAGGAUGGUCAAGGAUCAAUUCUUUGAGAGUGACCAGAAGGUGGCUAAGCUUGACAAGAUCGUGGGUGUGUUAACUAAGAAGACAUCAGUGAUUAACUAUGGUUUGGCAAAGGGAGUUAGUGUACUGGUGUUGGUGAUACUGGUCAUCGUUAUGGGCUGGAAGAGCUUCGGAGGUUUUAAACAUCAGUGUCAGAACUCGAGAAGGGGUUGGAAGGACGAACCGGGGCAAUGUCUUCUUUCUCAUUUGACUACUGUUUUUUGGCUGAGGUCACUGCUUCUAUUCUAAAAGAAGACAAACUUGUGAGUCAAUUUAGUUAGUAAAAUAAAUAGACGAUACUGGUGAACAAAGAGGGAAAUUCAUGGAAUGUGAGUUUGCAAUUUAGCGAAUCAGCCGGCAAGUAUUACAUCACAAGAGGCUGGAGAAAGUUCUGUCUCGAUAACAGAUGCGAGAUAGGAGACUUAUUUGCGUUCAAUGUGGUUGGAGAUGGGAAAACUACUCCAUUGAUGUGUGUAUGUCCGGAAAGAAAAGAGUGCUCUGAAAUACUGAGCAAAUACUUGAGCAGAACGAGUGGCGAGUCUUCAUUAGGUGGUCAUUUAUGAUCAUGUUGGAUUUUAAUAUUCAAUCAUCUUAUAAACUCUUAUGUGUAAUCUUUAUAUUUAAUCAUGUUUUUAUUUAGGAAUUUUUCUAUCUUUAUGUUUAAUUAUUGUUUUUAUUUUUAAUUGUUAUAUUUAUAUGUUUAAUUAUUAUUUUUUAAGUUUAUUUCUAGUAUUUUAUACUAAGUUAUUUUAUUUAAUCAUUCAAUAUAUAAAAAUUAUAUUACACUAAACAAAAAAAAAUAAUAUUUUUUUAUUCCUAAGGAUUCCAAUUUCGGGUUCACCAUUGUACACACAUUUUUCACAAGAGUCCUUAACUAUUAAAAAAAAAAAAAAGAUAAUUUAUUUCUAAGGACUCCACGAUGGGUAUCACGAUUGUGGAUGCUCUGAGGCAUCGGUAUCAGACGGUCAUGGAGUCAGAUGCGGUACAGUGUUUAUAUAUAUACAAACAUACGCAUCACUCUUGCUUUUGGAAUCUUUUACAUGUACGUAUGCAUGCUGUAUGCAAUAUCGUACAAGCUCAUCAUGUGCUUGUAUAAAGUUACACAUCUAAAAUGAUAUAAGGUUAUGUAUCAUGUGUGAUAUUAAUGUAGCUGUAUAGAUAAUAGAACUAAUGCAUAUUCACACAUUGUUUUUUU